GUAAAUUUCAUUCCUAUAACGUUGAACGAUGUCUACAUAUGGCGGAGACGAAGUUUCGGCUAUCGUUUUAGAUGUUGGUUCGUGUUGGACCAGAGCCGGCUAUGCUGGUGAAGAUACUCCAAAGGCCGUUUUUCCAACUUCAUAUGGAUACAUUGAAGAGGAAAAGGAAAUUCCCCCUGAUCCGGAUACUCAAAUGGAAGAUGUGAUUCCUACUUCUGAAAAUAAACCCGUUAAGAGCGUUGAGAAAAGAUACAUAAUAGGGGAUACAGGAGUAGCAGCAUGGAGAGAGAAUAUGGAAAUCAAAAAUCCUCUUGUUGAUGGAUUAAUUCAAGAUUGGGACGCGUUAGAAAAGAUUUGGGAUUAUGCAUUUGAUAAAAGCCUAAGAAUUGAUCCAAAGGAGCAUCCAAUAUUUGUAACUGAAUGUGCUUGGAAUACUAGAGAUAUUAGGGAGAGACUUACUGAACUUGCAUUUGAGAAAUACAAUUCUUUAGCAUUUUAUGUUGCAAAGAACCCAGUAUUAUCAGCAUUUGCAGCUGGUCGCCCAACUGCUGUUGUUAUGGAUUGUGGAGCAAGUAGUACGAGCUGUGUACCAGUGGUUGAUGGCUAUGUUCUUAAAAAAGGCAUUUACAAACAACCAAUUGCUGGUGACUUCUUAUCUGAACAACUUUUACAACUACUACAACAGAAAUUUGAUAUCAACGUCGUACCACAUUAUAUGAUUGCAAAGAAAACUAGUGUAGAUCCUGACCAACCUGCAAACGUCGAAUUUAAAGAACGGCCAAAUACAACAGGCAGUUAUCACAAGUUCAUGCAAAUGAGGAUAAUGCAAGAAUUCAAGGAAUCGGUGUGUCAAGUAUCUGAAGUUACAUAUAAUCAUUCAUCGAUUAAUACACGGCCAAUGAAAUACUUUGAAUUUCCUGACGGAUUUAAUACAUCGAACGGUUCUCUACGUUUUAGUGUGCCAGAGAUUUUAUUUGAUCCAAGAUUCAUAACGCAGCCUCAGGAUGGACCUAAUUUUGAUACUUCUGCGUUAUUAGGAAUACCUCAAAUGAUUCAUCAAAGUAUUGGCGUCUGUGAUAUUGAUGUUCGACCGAAUUUAUUAAAUAAUAUUAUCUUAACUGGAGCUACAACGUUAUUACCUGGUUUCGCUGAUCGUGUAAAUCAUGAAUUAUCCAGUAUGAAUCCGGGGCCGAAAAUCAAACUUUAUGCAGCGGGUAAUACCAUUGAACGCAAAUGUAGUAGUUGGUUAGGUGGAUCCAUCCUUUCAUCAUUGGGAACGUUCCAUCAAUUAUGGAUUUCGCGAAAAGAAUAUGACGAUUACGGGAGAGGAAUAGUAGAAAAAAAAUGCGAUAACUGACUUCUUUUUCUAUACUUAUUUUUCAUUUUCAUGUACCUUUGAAUAGGACAGAGGAUGUUUGUUCUUUAUUUGACAAUUGUAAAAAAUACAUUUAAUAAUAAAUAGAGAUGAUCACCAAAUUAACCGCAGCAAUCACUUAAUUCCGGUAGAAUUAGGCUAAUUUUGGCAUGUAUCGCAAAAAUACCCACGAGUGUUAAAUAAUUAAAUAAUUUAAUAAAAAUUCAUGUAAUGACGUAAUUUCGAAUGUUUCAUCAUUAUGAUAUCAUCUUAAAUAUCAAAAGUUAUAUAAACUACCUUCGAAGUUUUAAAUUAUUAUUACAAAAAAAAAAAAAAA